AUGUUCGAAAUUAAUUUGCUUUCUUUCCUUGGAGAAUUUAAUGGAUCCAAAUUUUUGGUUUAUUUCUGCCUAUUAAUCUUCACAAUAAUUUUUUCGUUGCGGCUUGAUCAAAUAAUCAAUAUCAAUUAUAUUUUUGUGUUCUUGCCUUUGUGGUUAGGCGAAAUUUGUGUUUUUGUUGGUUUUAUAGUGGCUAUUGUCAGCCUUAUUGUUAGGCCUCCUUCAAGGUUUCUUUUGAUUAUUUUUUAAUUUUAUUGGGAAUUUUGGUCUUCGUAUGACCCUCUUAUAUCCCUUUAUUUUAAUGAGACAAGUCCUCGUUUUAUUCGCACGAAUAAGAAUAUUUUUUAAAAAAAUCAUUUGCUGACAAAACCUUUGGAUUUUCGCCAACAAGGGGACCUUUCGAAC